CUCCCUCUGCUUCUCUACAUCAGACCGGUGACAACUUCUCAACUCAGUCGUCUCUUACUGUCACUGAAUAACCAGCAAGAGGAGCCGCCUUUCACCUCAGUGCAGAAUGCCUUUCGGAGGAGGAAACAAAUGCGGCUGCUGCCAGAAAACCGUCUACUUCGCUGAGGAAGUGCAGUGUGAGGGGAAGAGUUGGCAUAAAUCCUGUUUUCUGUGCAUGGUCUGUAAGAAAAACUUAGACAGCACAACGGUGGCCGUUCAUGUGGAUGAGAUCUACUGCAAAUCAUGCUAUGGCAAGAAAUAUGGGCCAAAAGGCUAUGGCUUCGGAGGUGGAGCCGGCACUCUGAGUAUGGACACAGGAGAGGGACUUGGAAUCAAGCCUGAAGUACAAGCUCCUCAUCGUCCUACAAAUAACCCCAACGCCUCCAAGUUUGCCCAGAGAGCAGGGGGCUCAGAUGUGUGUCCUCGAUGUGGCACCACAGUGUACGCAGCGGAGAAGGUCAUCGGUGGAGGCAAUUCCUGGCAUAAGGGCUGCUUUCGUUGUGGCAAGUGUGGCAAAGGACUGGAGUCCACGACCGUUGCUGAUAGAGACGGAGAGAUCUACUGUAAAGGUUGUUACGCAAAGAACUUUGGUCCCAAGGGAUUUGGCUUUGGACAGGGUGCAGGAGCUCUGGCUCAUUCCCAGUAAAGCCUGAAGCCACAGCCCACCAGGGACUGACAUCUGGUGCUCUGAUACCAUCACUUUAGGAUCCUCCAGUCAAUAUCAAGGCUAUUUUACUCUGCCCUUUCACUCCAGCUACAGGCAAAGAGAAAUGAAAGAAACACACUACACACAGCUUUUUGCACGUGUUCACCAAUUACAUUUUGCUCCAUAUGUUGCAUUAGAAUUUGGUUUAUAAUUUUCUCGGUUAAGUAUUUCAUACUAAACAGUUAAAACACACUGAAUUCUAACCCUGUUUGGAAGUGCACAUUGUUUGUGUAUAAACUGAAUAGUUAACAGCAAUCUGACUCCGUUUCCAGAGAAGAAGAUAAUGAAAAAUUAAACAAAUUAAACAGUGUGGUUGCAAUAAGAGACUCUCUGCAAUAACAGAACUGAGUUUGGCAAAUGUUGAGAACGAUUAACAUCUGAAUCAGUCGGUGUCUGAGAGAGAGAACAAAAUAACAUCAACAUGUUCCAAGACUGACAGCUGUGAAAAAAACAGCUAGGGGAGUCUCACAUCAUGCUUCAGUGCACUCAAGAUGAAACCUUCCUCUCUGCCUCACAUGUCAAAUGUUGUAAAUAUUGUCUUGAAAUAUGUAUUAUUACUGAGACACAAAAAUAAAUAUAUGGCAUCUA